AUGGGAUGUAAGUUAUCCCAGCUGGCUUCGUCGGAGUUCAGUUCAGAUCCUUUUCAUCGGCCUCCCCCGCCUUCAGACCCUAGGUCACCAUUGACCACGAAACAGCAGUACUGCAUGCUUGCUUCUUGGAAAGGCAUAUUUAGGCAAAUCGAGAAAACUGGAAUUAUACUGUUCGUUAAAUUAUUCGAAGAGAACGAAGAACUACUACAUCUGUUCGAGAAAUUCCGUGAGCUUCGCACGAAAGAGGCGAUCGUGAGUUCCGCUGAGUUGGCCGAACACGCCACCCAAGUGAUGCACACUUUGGACGAGGGCAUCAAAGGCUUGGCUGACAUGGAUUCGUUCUUUGCAUAUGUACGACAUGUCGGAGGCACGCACCGGCAAGUUCCCGGGUUCCAGGCGGAAAACUUUUUGAAAAUAGAGCAGCCGUUUCUGGAAGCAGCGAAGACCACCCUAGGUGACCGAUAUACGCCCAACAUUGAGAAUAUAUACAAACUCACAAUUAGGUUCAUCCUAGAGAAUCUUGUAAAAGGCUAUGAAGACGCUGGCCAAGAGAAAGAAAUGAGCACAAUUUAA